AUGAAUCAACCACGCAAAAGCAAUGAUGAACGCGCACUCUGGCGUGCAAAAUGUCGCGAAAAGCUGUCUGCUCAUCUUAAAGUGAAAUUGGGUCUGACAAUACCUGGGGAAGAUGUCCGUUUGAUCACAGGUAGGGACGAUCCGUACCGAUGGUCAGGGCUUCCCGGAACCGAACAUCUCUUCACAAAGCAGUUAAGCAAGCACUGCCUGCGAUCCUAUAUUGAGAUAUACCAUUGGGUUGGUAACUCCUUUGAAGCACUGCCUAAUGAUACGGUUGAGGGAGAGGAGCAUCCGUCUGGUGCAUCACUGAAGCGUGCCGUUCCUCCGGCGGAUAGAGAUCAGAGUGUAAAGAAGCCGCGGCUCCUAACGCAGUCUGAAAGUUUCAGCAGCCGCAUCAGGAGGCUGGAAGAGGAGAACCACACCAUGAAGAGGCAGUUGGAACGGAUGACGGAGACUACGAGCACGGCAGCCAAAGCCCAAAACACGCUGGAGAUGUCACUCUCAGCAGCCCAGACGACCAUAAGUCAAUUAGAAGAGGAGGUUAGCACACAGCGUGAAAAAACAAGGAAGAGCCAAGCUCUCAUCAUACACUAUCAGUCAAAGGCACAAGGCCUGGGCAAAUGUAUUGCAGAUGUCGUGACUGCAAUAAGGAGGGUCGAGAAGCAGGAGAGAGAAGCAUUAACACCUCCACCCGUCAUAGCAAGGUAG